CUCCUCCCUCCUCCCCUGCCCCCUCCCCUGGGCGGCCCCUCCCGCGGCCGUCCGGCUGCCUGCUCAGUGCUCAGCUCGGGGCGGGCGCGGGGCGCGGGGCCGUUGGAGCCGCUCUGGGCGCCGGCACAGAUGUAUUUGGGGACAGCAAACAUGGAUGAGUUCUUUUCAUCAAAGAGUCUUCUAUGAAGAGACCCCAGUAGCGGCAGGCAGUUUGAGUGUCCUCCCAUCCCUGGAUCAGCAUGGCAGGUUUCAAGAGAGGGUAUGAUGGAAAAAUCGCUGGUUUGUACGACCUGGAUAAAACUCUGGGCAGAGGCCACUUUGCUGUGGUCAAACUUGCCAGGCAUGUUUUUACAGGGGAGAAAGUGGCCGUGAAGGUCAUUGACAAGACCAAGCUGGACACUCUGGCCACCGGUCACCUCUUCCAAGAAGUGCGCUGCAUGAAACUGGUGCAGCACCCUAACAUUGUGCGCCUCUACGAGGUCAUUGACACGCAGACCAAGCUCUACCUUAUCCUCGAGCUUGGAGAUGGAGGAGACAUGUUUGAUUACAUCAUGAAACAUGAAGAGGGUCUCAACGAAGACCUCGCCAAGAAGUACUUUGCCCAAAUAGUCCAUGCCAUCUCCUACUGCCAUAAACUCCACGUAGUACACAGAGACUUAAAGCCCGAGAACGUGGUUUUUUUUGAAAAACAAGGCCUCGUGAAGCUGACGGACUUUGGGUUCAGCAACAAGUUUCAGCCUGGAAAGAAGCUUACCACCAGCUGCGGUUCUCUGGCAUAUUCUGCCCCUGAAAUUCUGCUUGGGGAUGAGUACGAUGCUCCUGCUGUAGAUAUAUGGAGUCUGGGAGUCAUUCUUUUCAUGUUGGUGUGUGGACAGCCGCCCUUUCAAGAGGCAAAUGACAGUGAAACUCUGACAAUGAUCAUGGACUGCAAAUACACAGUACCUUCCCACGUGUCCAAAGAGUGUAAAGACCUGAUUACUCGGAUGCUGCAGAGGGACCCGAAGAGAAGAGCUUCUCUGGAGGAGAUCGAGACGCACCCCUGGCUCCAAGGUGUCGACCCGUCCCCGGCCACCAAAUAUAACAUCCCCCUUGUUUCAUACAAAAACCUUUCUGAGGAGGAGCACAACAGCAUCAUUCAGCGCAUGGUCCUCGGCGACAUUGCCGACCGAGAGAGCAUUGUUGAGGCCCUGGAGACCAACAAGUACAAUCACAUCACGGCCACCUACUUCCUGCUCGCCGAGAGGAUCCUGAGAGAAAAGCAGGAGAAGGAGAUCCAGACCAGGUCGGCCAGCCCCAGUAACAUCAAAGCCCAGUUCAGGCAGUCGUGGCCCACGAAAAUUGACGUUCCCCAGGACCUGGAAGAUGACCUCACUGCAUCCCCACUGUCUCACACACCCGUCCCCCAGUCGCCCGCACGCACGGCGGAGAAUGUUCUCAACGGCCACCGGAACAAGGCUCUCGGGGACUCUGCAGCCAAAAAGGAGGAGGCAACGGAGCUGACUGGGCCGCCGCUGUCCGUGGUGCCAUCGGCUAGUCUCAAGCCCACCACCAGCGGGCGCAAGUGCCUAUUCCGGGUGGAAGAGGAUGAGGAGGAGGACGAGGAGGACAAGAAGCCCGCCUCCCUCUCCACACAGGUGGUCUUGCGGCGCAAGCCCUCCGUCACCAACCGCCUGACCUCGCGCAAGAGUGCGCCAGUGCUGAACCAGAUCUUUGAGGAGGGCGAGUCGGACGACGAAUUCGACAUGGACGAGAACCUGCCACCCAAGCUGAGCCGGCUCAAGAUGAACAUCGCCUCACCGGGCACGGUGCACAAGCGCUAUCACCGCCGGAAGAGCCAGGGCCGCGGCUCGAGCUGCAGCAGCUCUGAGACCAGCGACGACGACUCAGAGAGCCGCCGGCGCCUGGACAAGGACAGCGGCUUCACCUACUCGUGGCACCGCCGGGACAGCAGCGAGGGGCCCCCGGGCAGCCAGGGCGACGGCGGCGGCCAGAGCCGACCAGCCAACGGCAGCCGUGGCCCGGACAAGGCCAGCCCCGACGGUGGUGGCCAGGGGGGUGGAGGCCCCUCGGGGGGUGCGGGGGGCGGCAGCACGGGCCCCUCGGGCAGCACGCGCCGCUGCGCCGGCCCCGGCGAGCUGGUAGAGAGCCUCAAGCUCAUGAGCCUGUGCCUGGGCGCGCAGAUCCGCGGUGGCGCCGGCUGCCUCCUGGACCCACAGAGCGCCUGGGCCCUGUCCAGCGUGCGCGUCCAGGAGAAAUCGGCCUGGAGGAUGUGUGUGGGCUCGGCCGGGCCGGCCCCCCCAGGGCCCCGCGUCAAGCUGUUCUCGGAGCGCAUGGUGGGCCCGGCCGAAGGGCUGGAACGGCUGAAGAGCAAGAACUUGAAAAACAGCGUCUUACAACUACCUCUGUGCGAAAAGACCAUCUCGGUGAACAUCCAGCGCGGCCCCAAGGAGGGCCUGCUGUGCGCCUCGGGGCCCGCCAGCUGCUGCCAGGUCAUCUGAGGGUCCGGGCCCUCCCCUGCUCUCCUCCCCUCUCUCCCCCUCCCCCCUUGCUGUUCAGAGCUGUGAACCCCCCCACCUUCUCUCACUGUACCCCUGUGGUUGUCUCAGACCUUGGGCUUCUGAGCAGUGAUGGCUUCUUUCUGUUUGUGUGCUCGGUGAGAUGACAAUGCAUGGUCUUUGUGCAUGCUGCUAGCCGCGACACUUUUUUUUCCGCUGAAUAGUCUUAUUUCAUGGUGUAAUUUCUACAUUUAUAAUUUUAAUACAAAGGUCCAGAUUAAAUUAAAAUAUGGAUCUGGAGCCUACAUGUAAAUGGAGCACUUAGAAAUUUCCUGUUCUGCACUUAUAAUCUAGAGAGAAACAUGCUUUUGUUCGUGAAAAUGUUCCUUCCUGUUCUGACCUUCUGUGAUACCAGAACCAUGGGCUACGUGGCCUCCACUCCUUUGUGUUUGAACUAGAACCAAAGCAAUAAUGUUGGGAUGCUGAGAACUCUGAGGGCCGGGCCAGGCUGCUCGAGGAAGGCCCGGCCACCCCGGUGAGCUCUGGCCUGCAUCUGGGCCGGCUGGAGCGGAAGAGAACCUGGGGCUGGCGGUAGCAAGCUCCCAGAGCGCUGGGCAGCUCCCCCCAGUGGUGUGUUCUAUUAGAGGCAGACAAUCUGAUUUUUUAAUACAAUGACGAUAAUCAAUGAAGUCUUAAGUAGAGCUAGAGAUUUGUCCCCAUGGAAGGGAAACUUGUGAAUUUGAGCCUCUCCCAGGGCUUCCCUUAAGAUGAGGUAACGCUUGUGGUCACUAGGCCCACAGGGUGCCGUUUCAGCAAGAAAUGAAAGGUUUAAACAGGGGUAUAUAUUUAUGUUGGAACAUUCGGACAGAAUUCUAUUUUUUUAAAUCCCUCUGACUCUCUGCAGUAGUUUGAAAAUAGUAUUGUCUUCUCUUCCAGUUCUUCUAUUCUUCCAUGUUCAACCUGCCCCCAAAAUGGGCUAAUUUGGACAUAAACCAACAUGGCGGGUGUGUGUGCAUACAAUACAUAUGUAUAUGUACACAUCCACACAGAUAAACACACACCCCAAGAUAGAGGAAAAAAACCCUCUUAUGUUUUUUCUUUGUGGGAAGCUUUCCUGUUUCACUCUCAUCUCCUUGCUAUAAUAACGGCAGUAAAAUCCUUCUUGCUUUUGACUCUUCUUUAAGACCACUUUGGGUGGUCCUUUUGUUCUAUAAGGUAGGGUAGAUUGCAGGUUCUUCUCUUCGCAAUGGGCAGGGGGCUCUUUGGGCUGUUCGCUGGGUCUCAGAAGCAGAGAUUGUGACCUUGGGGAUAGGUGGGGCCUGACAGGACUAGGGCCCAGGUGGGGAGGGGGGAGACAGACCAGCCGCCAUGUGUCCGGAGUGACCCAGCUCGCCCGGGUCUGGCGGAGAGUGGGCGGAGCACCAAAGAACAGAAGCGACUUUUCCUUGGGUCCUAGGGCUGUGGCCCCCUCUCCCGGUCAUGGAUCAUGUGACUGCUCCUGGAACGCAGUCUCCCUCCUUAACCAAGCAGACGGGGCUGCACACCUGGGUCUCCUUUCCGGUCCAGGCUCGCGCGUCAAGUGGCAGCGCACAUUCAGGGUGAAGGUUCUGUGUCCAACACCGUGAGAGUGGAUGUGAGGUUGGAUUUGGAGAAGGUGGGAUCUUCCCGAGGGCCAGCGGUGAAGUUGGGGGGCUCACGGAAGCGUGAGGCUGCCCUCGGAGGAGGAGAGACGCUUACUUCUAAAGGGCAUUGGCAAUAAACUCUUUGUUGCAGCUGUUUUUUCCAAGUAUUGUAAAUACUUUUUUCCUGUGAUUAUGUACAGCCUUGGAAUGGCACCUUUUAACUAACCCCCUAUGUAUUUGGUUUCCAACGGUUUUUAUAUUCAGAUGUAUAUAUAUAUAGAUGUGUAUAUAAAUAUAAAUAUAUAUAUAUAAAUAUAUAUAUUAUAUAUAUGGUGCUCACUUUAGAAACAGCAGUGUUGACCAUUUAUGCUGCAGAGCUGUGAGACAGCCUUAGUCGUUGUGGAUGGUUGGUGGAACCUCUGGGCGUUCAGAUGUCGGUCUGAGUGUUGUCUUUUAUCCAUUUGUUCCUAAGUGAAUGAUUGUGCAUGUGUCGUCUGUCCUGGGCUGUUGUCCCGUGAAAAAGAGGGAGAGAAUAACCAUUACAUUAAGAUAAUAUUGGACCAAACUAUGUACUUGCUCUAAACAGUUUCUUGUACCCCUUAACUUGUCUUUAAAAGUUGCAUAAGAGUUACAGUAGUGUAUAAAUUAAAUAUUGUGUGAAAACAAUUAGUCUUGUAUUUUUCUGUAUGUGUGUAUAUAUAAUUAUGUACCUCUAACAAUUCUAUCUGUAUUUAAAAGAUGUGACAAUCUUGACACAGAAUUUUAAGCAUAGUCGUGAAAAUGAACAGAUUUAGCAAAACAGAGAUGAAUUCAGGAUAACCCGCCAAGUAUGAAUUGUGAUGUGUUAAGAGGGUACAGGAAUACCAGCUGAUCUGGUCAGUGGCUUCCAGCUGUCUGAAUUUUUUCAUUGUGUAACAUUCACAGAUGUGUGACAGAAAUGGAAAAAAAAAAUCCAACUAAUAAAGUAACAUCUUGGUGUUCAGCACAUAAA